CAGUUUGAACCCGGACCAAGAGCGACGGGGCCGUGAUCAGAUAUACGGCCCACCCACUAUCUUCUCUGUUCUCACUUCUCAUCCCUUCACUCUUCAGCUACACCUGCACUUCCACCUCGCCGGUUACAGAAGCUCCGUUUCAACCUUGGCACUUUCCACCGCAAAAGGUAUCUAAACAGUUGAAGAGACAAUGAGAAUGAGGCAAGAUGCUUAACAACUUAUCCAGGCGUUGUUUCUGCAAUGCUGCUUCUGCUUCUGUUUCACGGCCAUGGCUUUUCAUUGGCUUGGGAAAUCCGGGGGAUAAAUACAAAGGAACUAGACAUAAUGUGGGAUUUGAGAUGAUUGAUUCGUUUGCUGAACUGCUACAGAUUCCAAUGAAUAAACUUCAUUCCAAAGCUAUUUUUGGAGAAGGUUUUGUUGGUGAAGCACCUGUUCUUCUUGCAAAGCCUCAAACUUACAUGAAUUUGAGCGGGGAAUCAUUGUUGUUCUUGCGAUGUCCACCCUUUGGUGAGGGAAGGAGAGAAAUGACUAUGCGAGGAUGGUUUGUAUAUGCAAGUUUUCAGAGUGGGCCACUUGCAGCUUACUAUAAGCUACCGCUGAAUCGUGUGAUUGUGCUACAUGAUGAUAGGGACUUUCCAUGUGGAGUUCUUCGACUUCAACCCAAAGGAGGUCAUGGAAGUCAUAACGGUUUGAAGAGUGUUAUCCAUCAUUUUCGAGGAAACAGAGAGUUUGCUCGGCUAAGAAUCGGUGUUGGAAGACCUCCGGGUCAAAUGGAUCCCAAAGCUUUUGUGCUGCAGAAGUUCAAUGCAACAGCUCGAGAGCGUAUUGAUAAUGCUUUACGAGAUGGAGCUGAUGCAUUGAAGUCUAUUUUAGUAAAGGGCGUGACAGAGACUGCGAGAUGCUUCAACCAAGAGCAGAAGUACAAGCACAUGAGAAUGCAGACUAUGCCGACAUAGCUUCGUGCUAAGCUAUGCUGCACACGAAUGCGUCUAAUCUUAUAUUUUGGCAUUUCAUUUUUGUUUCUGUAAACGCUUUUAAUUCUUUUGAUUUAUAAUCUAUUCUUAUAAAAAGUCAUUUUCCCGUUUCCUA